AUGCAAACAACACGAUAUCUUCAUGUAAAUUUGUACAUCUCUGGUAGUCCUGUGAGUGUGGAUGUGGGGAUGUGCAGGACCCAUUGUGGGGGAGAACAAAGCAGGACAUCACAUGAGGCUGGACUACAGCAGGGCUAUUCCAAACAUUCCUCCAUGUUGGAAUACCUCAGGAGCAAAAAAGUAAGGGUCCGCAAACCUACCACUCCAAUCAGUGCCAAGGGUUCUGGUCAGGUUACGUCCUGUGGGGUGAACCAUAACUGUGAGCCGACCGGGGUGAGGGUGGACCAGAUGCUGCUGUUCAAGGGUCCCCGGGAGGUGGAGGUCAUAGAGGAAUGCCACUGUGAAAACAAACUGACCCAAUGUGUCCGGGUUCCGGCGCUCAAAACCUACUUCUUUAAGACCCCAUACGAGACUGUCAUCGAUGUGGGAAGCUGUUCGGGUUCGAAAGGUUCUCCAGAUGGGUUCUCCUGCGUGCCCACUAAAUUUGACUCGGCCUUGGUGAAGACCCCUAACAAGGUAGACCUGGUCCAGACAGUGGAGGUCUGUGAGCUGAGUAAGAGCUGCUAUAGAGUUCCCUACAUGGAGUACUACUAUGAAAUAGCCUAUGAUGCUAACGGAGUCAAAGAGGAGAAACUCAAGGAAAUAGACGUGGGCAGAUGUUUAGGAGGCUGCACCACAGGAAACCGCUGUCUUCUCAGGAGCAACUCUGAUUCCGAAGUGUGCUAUCUGUGGGCAGAGAGACCCACCAACUCUUGUGUCCCUCGGGGCUACGACAGCCACAUGUCCCUCAACCAGCAUGGCCAGAUCCAUACAGUUCUCUCCAUCUCCUCUUGUUUCUGUCAGUCCUGAACCAGUCCUCAGUAUGAUGCCCUCUAGUGGAGCAGAAACACACUGAUAUCCCUUGAGAACAAGAAGCUUCUGCCCUGUCAGGUCCAGAAACAACCCCUAUAGCCUCUAACCCUUAGCAAGUAAUGUAGAUCUCAAAUACUUUGAUAGGUAAAUGCAUGAUUGUAAUGUAACUUGCCAAUCCACUUGUCUAUCCAAAUGCAGCAUUGAAGUGCCACAAAGUGCCCAAGGAUUAGGGGCUAGGGAUUAUUUUUGUGUGGGGUCUUCAAAUCUUCCUUGUUUUAGACUGUAAUCCUAUACCAUU